AUGGCGACCGCGAACACCAUCAAAGUGGUUGCUCGGUUCAGACCUCAAAACAAGAUUGAGGUGGCAGCCGGCAGCGAGCAGAUUGUCGAGUUCAAGGGCGAGGACUCUUGUACCAUCAACUCCCGAGAGGGCAGCGGCGCCUUUACUUUCGAUCGCGUGUUCCCGACCAACACCGCCCAGCACGAUGUGUUCGACUACUCCAUCCGCAGCACUGUCGACGAUGUGCUUGCGGGCUACAACGGUACGGUCUUCGCGUACGGACAGACAGGCUCGGGUAAAACAUAUACCAUGAUGGGAUCGGACAUUGGCGACGAGCAGAGCAAGGGUAUCAUUCCGCGCAUCGUGGAGCAGAUCUUCUCCAGCAUCAUGCGCAGUGACGGCAGCAUUGAGUUUACGGUCAAAGUGAGCUACAUGGAAAUCUACAUGGAGAAGAUUCGAGAUCUGCUGGUACCGCAGAACGAUAACCUUCCAGUGCACGAGGACAAGCAGCGUGGUGUAUAUGUCAAGGGGCUUGGAGAGUUCUACGUCGGAUCCGUGGAUGAGGUGUACCAUGUGCUGGAGCGAGGUGGCCAGGCAAGAGCUGUGGCCGCAACCAACAUGAACCAGGAGUCUUCGCGAUCGCACUCCAUCUUCGUUAUUGAAGUCACACAGAAGAAUGUCGAGACUGGCUCCGCACGAUCCGGACGACUCUUCCUUGUCGACUUGGCUGGUUCCGAGAAGGUCGGCAAGACUGGUGCCAGUGGCCAAACCCUUGAAGAGGCGAAGAAGAUCAACAAAUCCCUAUCAGCACUGGGCAUGGUCAUCAACGCUCUUUCAGAUGGCAAGAGCAGCCAUAUCCCAUACCGAGACUCCAAACUCACACGAAUUUUGCAAGAAUCGCUGGGUGGAAACUCCAGGACGACCCUCAUUAUCAACGCAUCCCCUGCAUCAUACAACACUGACGAGACCAUUUCGACCCUUCGCUUCGGUGAGCGCGCCAAAACUAUUAAACAGAAGGCCAAGAUCAACGAGGAGCUCUCGCCUGCGCAGCUCAAGUCUUUGCUCAAGAAAGCACAAGGCCAAAUCACUUCGUUCGAAUCGUACAUUCAGAAUCUUGAAGGCGAGGUUCUCAACUGGCGUAAAGGCGAGCAGGUGCCGAAGGAGCGAUGGACCCCAGCCAUGAGCGACAUUUCCAAAGCGCCUGCACAGGCCCCACCCCGAUCAGCUACACCCACCAGCCGACUCAAGCAGGAGGAUGCUGGCACGCCCAGACCGGAGAGUCGAAUGGACCUGGAACGUGCUGCUACACCUAGCCUCGUGCUCGAAAAGGAUGAGAAGGAGGAGUUCUUGAAGCGCGAGAAUGAACUUCAGGACCAGCUUGCCGAGCGGGAGCGGAGUCUGGAAGCUGCCGAACAAGCAUUGCAGUCUGCACGGACCGAGCUGCGGGAUCUUAGAGAGAGCCAUUCCAACACAUCGCGUGCCAACGAGAAGUUGCAAAGCGAGACCGAGACUCUUCGCAUGCAGGUCGAGAAGAUCGAGUUCGAGACCAAGGAGGCUGCCAUCACUAUGGAUUCGCUUAAGGAGGCCAACGGCGAGCUCACACAAGAACUCGACGAAGUCAAGCACCAACUUCUGGACGCUAAGAUGGCUGCCAAGGAGUCAUCGGCACUGCUGGACGAGAAGGAUAGGCUCAAGAAGGAACGCAUGGCCCAGAUGAUGGCAGGCUUCGACCUAGGAGAUGGCAUGGUCUCAAGCAGUGAGCUGCAGGUCCGCGAGAUUGUUCAGCAAGUUCAAAGCAUGCUUGAGGUCGCCGACGGUGGUGAGGCUAUCACGGCAGAUGAGCUCAACGCUCUUAAUGAGAAGCUUUUGGAGCUCCAGGGCCUUAUCCGCCAACAGGACGUCGGUGCCAGCAGCCACAUCGAUGGUGCACAGAGCGCCAUCCUGGAGCAGAAGCUUUCCCAAGCCCAACGCGACUACCAGGAGCUGCUUGAGAAGAACCUGUCCGAGGCGGACGUUGAGGAGGUCAAGCGUAAUCUCUUUGAAUCGCUCUCGUCGCAACAGAACGGUGCCAACAACGCAUCAGAGCUGCAGGACGCCCUUUCACGACAACAAGAGGAGAACUCUCGCAUGCGCAGCGAAGUCGAAGCGCUUCGAAAGCAGGCACUCAACGGUGCCAAUGGUGCCUCCCUCAGCAAGCAGCUCGCCGACUUUGAUGCCAUCAAGAAGUCGCUCAUGCGUGAUCUGCAAAACCGCUGCGAGCGUGUGGUCGAAUUGGAGAUCAGCCUUGAUAGCACGCGCGAGCAGUACAAUUCUAUCCUACGCAGCAGCAACUCGAAGCAGCAGCAGAAGAAGUUGGCUUUCCUCGAGCGCAACCUCGAGCAGCUUACCAUGGUUCAGCGGCAGCUGGUAGAGCAGAACGCUCAAUUGAAGAAGGAGGUAGCCAUUGCAGAGCGAAAGUUGGUUGCACGUGGCGAGCGUAUCCGUGGCUUGGAGGGCCUCGUGCAGGAGAGUCAGGAGAAGCUGAUGCUUGCCAACCACAAGUUCGAAAGCCAACUCAUGGCCGUUAAGGAGCGCCUCGAAGCAGCCAAGACUGGCUCCACUCGCGGCCUAGGACCCAAUUCCCCCGCACCCACCACAUUCGCUCAGAACCCCUUCGGCCGGAUAGCCAAGCCCCUUCGCGGCGGCGGCGGAGGCGGAGAUGGCUCGCAGCCCGCCGUGCCCACGUUCGCUGGCCUGCAGAGCUCCGCCUCGCAGGAGAGCAGCGGCAACAAGCGCAGCAGCUGGUUCUUCAACCAACGCUCGUAA